AUGGCAGCAGUAAUAGAAUUUGAACCACCAAAAAAUUUAGAAAGGCUAACAUCCUUAAUAUCAGAAUUUGAUGGAGCAAUUGAAAAAUAUAGAGAAUGGAGAAAUCAAUUAGAAAACGCAUUCAAAGCAUUAAAAUUAGAAGAUUUAAUUAUAUUUGGAAGAUACUCCGGAACACCUAAAAAAGGAUACACAUUAAGAGGAAGAGACUAUGUCUCAACAGCAAAUGGAGCAAAUGAAUGUAGAUGGAGUACCGAAAUAAUGCAAACAGUAUUUGCAAUAGUAAGAACAAAAUUAAGAAAAGAUGCAUUAGAAGUAUUUGACAUAGAAAUAGCAACUAUAAAUUGUUAUUUUAGAUCUAACCUGGAUAAUGCAAAUGAUUUAAAAGAUGCAGAAAAUUAUCCAAUAAGAGGAGUAAACUACUUACAAGCAGCGGGAAACUGGCAUGCUUCAGCAACAGCAGAAGGAACAAGAAUAAACCCACAUGUUACAGACGCAACACAACAAAAAGGAUUUAGAGAUGUAUUUGAUGAAAACUUCACAAGAGACUCAGUACAAUCAUUAAAUCAAAAAGAAUUUCUUAAAUUCAACUUCUACAAGAAUUUAGACUGGAAUGAUGACUCAGGAUUGAGAAAACAAAUCAAUCAAUAUAAAAAACUUAAACAAUUGUCAAAUUGGCAAUGGGCCCCAAAUUUCUUUGGAGGAAACUACAUGUAUUUAGUAGAAAGAAUGCCUAAAAACAUAGCCCAACAAAUUACAUUAACAAAUCCAGUACCAAAUAAUGAAGAAGAUUUCUUCAGAAAAGCCGAUGCUCUAUUCAGAGCAACAAGAGUAACAAUGGAUAUAAUGAAAAAAUCCAAAAAUGAAAAAACAAAUCAUUAUUCCCAAAGAACCCAAAAAAUAAAUAACGUACAGACAGAACAACCUCAAAAAGGAAAAUGCUACUCAUGUGGACAAAUAGGACACUUUGCAAAAGAAUGCCCAAGACGGAAAGGAAAAGAAGCAUAUAAUAGAGUACAAUCAACUUACAAAAACUAUAAUGGAAAACAAAAGAAAACCUUUGUCAGAAAAUAUUGUUCAUAUUGUGGAAGAGAUAAUGGAUACCAUACCAAAACAUGUCCAAACAAUAAUGCUAACUAUUACGAGGGAAAAAGAGCAAAAGGACCAACACCUAUGGUUCAUAAAUACAACAACUUCAAAAACAAUAGAGGAAAAGGAAGACCUCGAUAUAAUAAUAAUAGAAACAAUAAUGGAAAAAGACCGCAAAAUAAUACAAGGAAAUCUUUCACAAGAAAAAGAGUUAAUAAUUACAAAGAAGAAAAACAAUCAGAAAAAGAAAGUAAAUCAUUAUGA